ACUGAAAGACAUUUGCAUUUAUUUCUCUGUGACUUUAAAGGACAAAUGUUUUGCAUAUGAGGUCAAACCACAAGGACAAUACCUGGAAAAAACUGGAUAACAGAAUAUAUAUAAGUAUUUGAAAAACAGAAAAGUCAAGCAGAAUGUUUUCUCACUAUGUGCAUGAAUAAAGCGUGACAGAUAAAGAUGACUUUUGACCCCGUCGUUUUCCCUUCAAAUCGAUCCGGCCCACACCCGUCCAUUAUUGAUGUCAACGUAACAAACUCCACCUCUCAGGACACCUACAUCAUCAGUCUCGUCCUGUCCUGCAUCUACACCAUCCUUCUCUUCCCGCUCGGCCUCAUGGGUAACAUCCUGAUCCUACUGGUGAACUUUGACCCUCGACAGCGGAUGAGCACACCUGACCUGUACUUCACCAACUUAGCCCUGGCUGACCUAGUGCUGGUUUUGGAUUCGUUGAUUGAAGUGUUUAACCUGAGUGAACAUUACUACGAUGACGCAGUGCUGUGCUCCUGCAUGGCGCUGUUCUUGCAGGUAAACAUGUACAGCAGCGUGUUCUCGCUCACCUGGAUGAGUUUGGACCGUUGCCUGGCGCUGACCGGUUUGAGAGCACGAGCGAUACCUGAUAACGCUCACCGUUCACGAGUCGCCCAAAGGGCUUGCGGGACCAUCUGGGCGGCGGCCACCCUGUGCACCCUGAUUCCAUUCGCCGCGGCGCACAUAUAUCACGGCUGGGGGCGUGGCUUUUGUUUUGCUGGUGUGGUCGAGGUGCAAUGGCUAGAAGUGACGCUGGGCUUCGCCCUGCCAUUUUGCGUGAUGGGAGUCUGUUACGCACUAAUCGCACGCGUACUCCUGCGCUCUGAACGCCCGCAACGAACCAAAGCCCUGCGCAUGAUCGCUGUGGCUGUGACCGUAUUCUUUGUGUGCUGGCUGCCAGAAAACGUCUUCAUUAGCGUGCAUUUGCUCAAUGGAGACACGGACACCUCGCGGCGACGUGGAAACCACACGCUGUGGCAACGGUACCCCCUGACGGGGCACACGGUGACCCUAGCGGCCUGCGCCAACAGCUGUUUAAACCCACUGGUGUACAGUCUGCUAGGAAACACAUUUAGGCACAAGUUGCAUGUGUUUGUCACACACCACGUGUGCCACCUGCAUACUCGCAUACAGACUACAAACACGACACCUCCCUGUCCUUGUGGCGCAUGCAUGAACGUCCACCAUUCUUGUUCUCAUGAGAAUAAAGACUCAGAGGAGAAGCGUGACCUCAGGAGCGGAGAGGAGGGCCGGGAGUGUGUUUGUGACAGACUGGAUUAAACAUUGCAUGUGGAAAGAUACGACAAGUUCACUAUAAUGAAAUGCAAUAUAAACCUUAUGAACUCACUUA